CACUGUGUUGAGUCAUAUUCCUGUAACAGAUGCAGAGUAUUUUGAUUGACAGAGAAGUUUGUCUAUAAAUGUAUGAGUACUCCACACGCAAGCACACAUUCACCCGGAUGACAUACAGUCCGUGCAGAAGAAGGGACUCUUUCCACAAUAUGGUGUUCCGACUCUGUCUGUGUGUAGUGUUGCUUAUUUCUUGUGGACAUGCUAACAUAUCUGGCGACUACUGUCGAGUUUGGGACAACUACGACACAUUUAAGACAUCCAUGGACCAGUAUCUGGCUUCCAGGGAUAAGGUCUGUGGGGAACAAAGACAUGGACAUUGAGAGCAGAGCAGCAAACCUAACAAGUAUGGACAAGCGUAUAAAUAACCUCGAGAAACAAAUCGAGAAGCUGUUAAAUGACAACGAAAACAGAGAGGAUCGUCUCGGUCACAUGGAGACUGCACUAGCCAACCUGACGUCGGUACUGACUGUGGAUUGUGGUUCUCCAACUCCUGUAGAAGGCACAGACGUUGUCUACACUUCAACAGGUCUUCAUGCCAUCGCCAGCUACAGAUGCGAGAAGGGUUUUUAUAACACCAUCCAUCCUGGUCAACGGAUAAUGAGCGUGUGUGAGAAAGACGGGUUCUGGACCAUGGUCAACGAAAAGUGUGUCAACAUAUCUGGCUGUUGGACGUCACAUGCUGGAAGUGUGUUCUAUUCCGGAACUCGAUCAACAACCAAAACCGGCAAGGUCUGUCAGCGAUGGGAUUCUCAAGAGCCACAUGGACACCCCAAUACGAACGACAUGAGGUUCUUCAUCCCAGGAUUUGACACACCCCAAACUGUCACUGGAUCUGCUAACUACUGCCGUGACCCAGAUCGUACAGGGUCUGUAUGGUGUUACACAACGGAUCAAUCUACACGCUGGGAAAGGUGUGAUGUCCCCAAGUGUAACAUCUAGAGUUGAUUUGGUUUCAGACAUGAAACUGGCCUAACUGUUCUGGUCCACUCUCCUACUAACGGAAUCAGUUUUGUCAAUACUGCCAGCCGUCAGGUCUAUCAGCUCAACACUCCAGCUCUUUGUUUUCCCAUCUUCUUCUUCUCUAGGGUUUCACAAAUAUUUUGUAAAUCUCAGACCUGUAAAUUCGACCCGUGAAGAUCCGGGUUAGAAUUGAUCAUUAGUAACCCAUGCUGGUCGUAAGCGGCGACUAACGGGAUCGGCUGAUUAGGCUCGCUGACAUGGUACACACAUGUCAUCGUAUCCAAAUUGCGUAGAUCGAUGCUCAUGCUGUUGAUCACUUGAUUUUUGGUCCAGGCUCGAUUACUUACAGACAGGUGCCAACAUACUAGUAGCUGGAAUAUUUCAGAGUGCGGCAUUAGACUAAACUCAAUCACUCUCUCACUCACCUGUAACUUCAAGUUUCUUCGCACAUUGAGGUCAUAACCUGUGAUAUAACUAGAAAACAGUUCAAAGGGGGUGUAAACUCUGUCUUUUAAUGGUAAUGCUUACUUUGAGAUUAGUUGAUGCUAUAUUAUCCCAUGGGAAGUUGGUUUGAUGCACUAAGAAGCAAACAAAUGUCAGUGGGGAUUACAGGUGAGAACAGUUGUAGGGAACCACUCCAACCUGGCCUGUACUAAAGAGUUGAUAUCCAGAAUUGGGUGAGAGCAGCUCCUCUUACCUCUAUAUAAGAUACUGUUGCUCACAAUGUGAGUCACCGGAUUCUCUAGUUCAGCUCGAUUGUUCACAGGCCUCGGUCGUAUAGCUGAUUCAUUAACAUAUAAAUGAAUGUAUACUCAUGAAAUUAAUAGGGGAACACAUGAAAGUACAUAUGUUCCUUUAUAUAUUUCCAGAAUCUUAUACACUGUGCAAUACAUACCCUGUGAAGAAACUUAGGUAAAGAACAAAGGAACCCUUGUACUUUCAUGUGUUCCCCUGAGAGAAUGAGAAUAUAUAAUGCGAUGAUGUCACACAUACUGUGAUGGAAAGACUGUCUGUCAAUCAUUGCUUGAUGAAUAAAUAGUAUCGAAAUACGG